AUGGAACCUCCUGGCUCCCGGCACGACGCCUUAUGUCACACUGCUAUGGUGCCGGCCCGGGAGCGGGACGGGGACGAGACCACCAGCGACCAUCGCGCACGUCCUCUCAAUGAGACCAUGGUGUCUAAGGAGACUGACCACCUUCUUACUUUCUACCUCAGCUUCUUACUCAUCUGCACGGAAAAUUCCUUUUGCAAUAAAAAUGACACCAGGUGCCUCUCGAAUUCUUGCCGAAACAAUUCAACGUGCCAUGAUUUUGCAAAAGACAACAAUUGCCAUUGUGCAGACAAAGCCUGUGACAACGUGACUGAUCCGUGCUUCCCCAACCCCUGUCAAGGAAAUGCCACUUGUGUGAACACCCCAGGAGAAAGGAGCUUUCUGUGCGAAUGUUCUCCUGGAUACUCUGGGAUGACCUGCGAAACCGCCAUCGGUUCCUGUGGCCCAAGCUCCUGCCAACACGGGGGUAUUUGCAGUGAGGACCCUGUGCAACCCGUGUGCCUCUGCCCUGCUGGAUAUAUUGGAAGGUUCUGUGAGCUGGAUCAGGGUGUCAACUGUGAAUUGGAAGCUGACGGAUGCUGGGCCCAGCCCUGCCAAAACGGUGCUACCUGUCGGGAUGCCCCGGGCGCUUAUUUCUGUGACUGUGCCCCUGGGUUCCUGGGUGACCACUGCGAACUCGACAUCGAUGAGUGUGCCAGUGAGCCGUGUCUCCACGGAGGGCUGUGUGUGGAUGAAGGCAACAGAUACAGCUGUCACUGCACGGGUAGUGGAUUUACAGGGACACACUGCGAGACCUUGUUGCCUCUAUGUUGGUCAAAACCCUGUCACAAUAAUGCUACGUGUGAGGACAGCGCUGGCAAUUACACGUGUCACUGCCGGCCUGGAUACACGGGGGCCCAGUGUGAGACUGACGUCGACGAAUGCGACAGUGACCCCUGCCAGGCCCGAGGGGCGUGUGUGGCGCUGUCCUCAGGGACGGAGCACGGACGCCUUGCUCGGCCGCCGUCUUCACCCGGCCGCCCAGACGCUCCCGGGUAUGUCUGCCUCUGUCGGCCUGGAUUCACAGGAAUCCACUGUGAAGAAGACCUGGACGAAUGCUCCUCAAACCCCUGCCACAACGGUGGCACUUGCGAGAACCUGCCUGGGAAUUAUACUUGCCACUGCCCGUUUGAUCACCAGUCUAGAACAUUCUACGGAGGAAGGGACUGUUCUGAUAUUCUCCUGGGCUGUACCCAUCGCCAGUGUCUAAAUAAUGGACUAUGCGUUCCUCAUUUCCAAAAUGGCCAGCAUGGAUUCAGCUGUCUCUGUCCUCCUGGCUACACUGGGUCACUGUGCGAAACUGUCACCACGCUUUCUUUUGAAGGUGACGGCUUCCUGUGGGUCCCGAGCAGCUCGGUGAUAGCCAACGACUCGGGUUGUAACUUCGCCCUCAGGUUUCAGACUGUUCAGCCAACAGCCCUGCUGCUUCUCCGGGGCCACAGGGGCGCGUUUAUAAUGCUGGAGUUGCUGAGCGGCGACCUUCACUUAAUAGUUCAGGUCGGUAAUAAGUCCAGGGCACACCUGUCGAUCUCACGCAACACCAGCGACGGCGAGUGGCACUCAGUGGAGGCGACGUUUGCAGAGGCCGUGACCCUCACCUUGCUGGACGGCCCUUGUGCAGGGAUGUGCGUCACCACGGCGCCUUCUCCGUUUGAAAGGCAUCAGUCGGCAUGCGCCUUACGAGACUCCUUUCUGGGUGGCUUCCCCGCGGACUGGGCUGGCCUCCGUGACCGUGACCGUGACCGGCCGCCCACGCCUGCCUUUGUGGGCUGUCUCCAAGACGUUCAGAUCGACUCUACCCCCGUGACCCCCGGUGACAUCCCUGCCUCCUCGCUCAACGUCAGGGCAGGCUGUGUGAGAAGGGACCGGUGUGCGGGCCACCCUUGUCGAAACGGGGGACGCUGCGUCAACCUGUGGCUUAGCUACCAAUGUGUUUGUCCCCGGCCCUAUGGGGGCCCCGACUGCCUGGGAGAGUAUGUGGCAGGCAGAUUCGGCCAAGACGACUCUCCCGGGUAUGCUGCUUUUCGUCUCGACGAGAGCUACGACGGGAAUGCCACCCUGUCCAUGUUCUUGCGGACCCGUCGGCCCUCGGGUGUCCUGCUGGCUUUGGAGGGCGGCGCUCGUCGGCACAUCCGCGUCUGGCUAGAGCAUGGCAGGCUGGCGGGGCUGAACCCGGCUUCUCCCAACUUAGAAGUCAGCUCGGUUCUCAGCGAUGGAAGCCUUCACUUUCUAUCUCUGAAAAUCAGGCCGGAAGGAAUCGAAGUGCAUCAGUCUUCACAUAGCCUAGGAUUUAUCUCGGCUCCUACCUGGCACAUCCGAAGAGGCGAUGUCAUCUACCUCGGUGGCCUGCCCGACAGGACGCAGACCAAGGCUUACGGGGGCUUCUUCAAAGGCUGUAUCCAGGAUGUAAGAUUAAAUGACCAACACCUGGAGUUCUUCCCAAAUUCAACGAGUGACGCGCUCCCCAGUCCAGUCCUCGUCAAUGUCACCCGAGGCUGUCCUGGAGACACUAUGUGCAAGUCCCGCCCCUGUCACAACGGAGGCGUGUGCCACUCCCUGUGGGAUGACUUCUCGUGUUCCUGCCCCACGAACACGGCUGGGAAGGCCUGCGAGGAAGUCCAGUGGUGUGCCCUGAAGCCCUGCCCCGCCGGAGCCCAGUGCCAGCUGCUGCCUCGGGGCUUCGAAUGUACCGCCAAUGCCGUUUUUAAUGGACAAAGCAGUGAAAUAUUAUUCAGGAGCAACGGAAAUAUUACCAGAGACCUCACCAAUAUCAACUUUGGAUUCAGAACAAAGGGUGCCAAUGUCACCAUAUUGUAUGCAGAGAAGGAGCCCGAAUUCCUUAACAUCAGCAUUCAAGAUUCCAGAUUAUUCUUUCAGUUGCAAAGUGGCAACAGCAUCUAUGAGCUGAGCCUGACAAGUGUUCAGUCGGUGAGUGAUGGCCUGUGGCACCGAGUGGCUCUUUCCAUGACGGACCCGCUGGCCCAGACCUCCAGGUGGCAGAUGGAAGUGGACAGCCCAGCACCUCUUGUGACCAGUGCAGUGGCUGCUGGAAGCCUCGACUUUCUGAGGGAGAAUACAGACAUUCACGUGGGUGGCCGUGCUCUCGGCAGCGUGGGGAGCCUGCAAGGGUGCCUGAGUACGAUAGAAAUCAGUGGCAUUUAUCUCUCUUACAUCGAGAGUGCUCGCACUUUCAUUAAUAAACCCCAGGAAGAGCAGUUUCUCAAAAUCUCUAGAAAUUCGGUGGUUACCGGCUGUUUGCAGUUAAACGCCUGCGGCUCCAGCCCCUGUUUGCAUGGAGGAACCUGCGAAGAUAUCUACAGCUCUUAUCGCUGCUCCUGUCCCUUGGGAUGGUCAGGGACGCACUGCGAACUCAACGUCAACGGAUGCUUUUCAAACCCCUGUAUCCAUGGCAACUGCUCCGACAGAGUUGCAGGCUAUCACUGCAGGUGUGAGCCUGGAUACAGCGGUGUGAACUGCGAAGCGGACACAGACAAUUGCCGGAGUCACCAGUGUGCAAACGGAGCCACCUGCCUCAGUCACACCGAUGGCUAUUCUUGCCUCUGUUUGGGAAAUUUCACGGGAAAACUUUGCAGACACAUCGAGUCGCCCUCCACGGCCUGUGGGAAUAAGACGAACCUCACUUGCCACAGCGGAGGCAGCUGCGCCGAGCUCCGGGGUGAAGUCCGGUGCGUGUGCCGUCCAGGGUUCACUGGGGAACGGUGUGAACAGGACGUUGACGAGUGCGCCUCCGAUCCCUGCCUCAACGGAGGCCAGUGCCAGGACAUGCUGGACGCGUUCCGGUGCCUCUGCGACGCUGGCUUCGCGGGCGACCACUGCGAGAUGAACCCAGCAGCAGGCUUGAUCGUGGACGUCCUCACCGCCGUCGGCUCAGUGACGGUAGCCUUGCUGGCGGUCGUCUCUCUGGCAGUUGCUGUGGCUGUUGUCGCUUCCAGCAAAAGGGCCACUCAGGGAACCUACAGCCCGAGCCGUCAGGAAAAGGAGGGAUCUCGCAUGGAGAUGUGGAGCCUGGUGCCGCCGCCUGCCCCAGAGAGGCUGGUCUGA